AUGGCGGAUAAGAGCACCACAGCGCGCAGUCCCUCCCCACCCGAACGCUUGAAACCCUCUCAGACCGAAGAUCCAGACACGGCCGCCGCGCGUGAGGAACUUCACAACACCGCCAUCUCGGACAGGAUGCCCUCUGCCCACAAGGCUGACCCCGCCUCCGAUAAGGCAUCGCUGAGGAUACCGUCGCCCGACGAGGAACAGCACAGCAUGAUGCGGGAGCAAAUAUCCUCGCCCAAGAAGAAGCGAGCCCACGAUGAGGUCGAUGAGCCCAAAGACGGGAGCCAAGAUCCCAACGGCGAUGUCUCUCCCAUUGGCGCAAAUGGGCGAACCGACAGAUUGGAGCCCGAGAAGAAGCGCCAUCGUGACAUUUCAAGUGAAAAGAAGCCGACUGAUUCUGAUAACUCCGCCCUCGAGACGACCGCGACGACGAACAACAACACCAAGGCAGAGCCUGCCCCCGACAAGAAGGCCGACACCGGUUCCUCGGCCUUCAAGAGUUCAGGACUAUCCGGCUUUGCGGCCCAACCGUCACCCUUCCUUCAAUCUGGCAAGCCACUCACCUCCUUCGCCAGCGCCUCGGGUUCGGCCUCGCCAUUUGGUGCUGUUUCGCCUUCCAAGGCCGGGUCCACGGCGUCGACACCUUCCGCAUUUGGGACUAGCAGUGCGGAUGGAUCGUCUCCCUUUGGACAAGUCGGCGGUGGCGCCUCGAAACCUUUCGGCGGUAGCGUCUUUGGCGGUGCCUUUGGAAGCGGUCUCGGAGGCAUGAGCGCCAACAAGUUUUCGUCCUUUGGCAAGCCGGGCGCAUCUUUCAAGAGCAGCAAGCCGGCAAAGCCUUUUGGGGCCCCCGAGAGCGAUGCCGAGUCGGGCGACGAGGAAGACGGUGACAAUAGUAACAUCCAUGACGCCACGAUGGAAAACCCAGAAGAGGAGAAGCAAAAGGAAAGGGACGAGAAAGACAAAUAUGCUGACGAUGACGAAAAGAAGACGAAACUGAAGAAGGUGGCGAUCGACGACGGUGAGGCUGGCGAGGCUACCAUCCUCCAGGUCCGCGCAAAGAUAUACCACCUUGACAAGACAUCAACUCCUGCAGCAUGGAAGGAGCGAGGCGCUGGAAACCUCAAGAUCAAUGUCCCAACCGUUUGUGUCGAUCUUGACGAGUCGGGAGUACCCCUUCCAGGAUCGUUCGACGCAUCCGGUCUCGAGGAUGCGGAGUCCAAGACUAUACGUCUCAUCAUGCGCCAAGAUUCAACACACCGUGUGAUUCUCAAUACUGCCGUGAUCCCGGCCAUGGAAUUCCAGGAGAAGUCGACGAACAAGGCGGUUUGCGUCAUCUUCACUGCUAUCGAGGGUGAAGGCAACGCCGUCAGCAUACAGGCGAAGAUGAACCCUACAAACGCGAGGAGCUUUUUGAACGAGGUCAGCAAGAUCCAGCGUGAACUUCAGUCGAGUUAG